AUGAAAAGACGUGAGGUGCGUCGUAAGCGUGAGCGUGAGAAUUUAUCCCCUGCCCUUCACGCUUUAAUCGACCUCGUCCCUUGUAACACUGACCCACGCAAGUACUUGACACAGCACUUCUGUGCUUCUUGUGACCCCAAUGGCGCUAUCGUGGAGGAUGGGACAACCUUCCUUGAGGGGGAUGGUCUGGGGCGACUUCUCCUUGCCCUUAAGGAGGGCUGUCCGAGGGGGGUAAGGGACCUCCUUCACCUCACCCGGCGUGUCCCACACAGCCGGUCGACUAUCGACAAAGUAUCGGUCGCCGAGCUGUGUUUUGUCUUAUCCCAUGCAAGUCGUCCCUUGACGAUUCGCGAACGACGCUGUGGUGCGGGGGGCGAGGCUGAUUCGUGGAACGACGAUACUCCAUUACUACAAUACUUUAAGGGUAAACGGUUUGACGCGAUUAUCCGAGGCGGUAACGCUUCUAUGCCAUUGAUUCGAGAGAAUUUUACACCAGUGGUCAUACAGGAUAUAGAGCCGGAGCCGUCAUUCACAAUCGAUAGGAGCUCAGUUGGGUUUCCUUUAAAUAGAACUGUAGAAGAUUCUAAAGCGUUUUUAAACCCAACUUUAGAAUGGGAAAAGUAUCUGGCUUCUAUUCGAAUUUCAUUGCCUAUGUCCCUGCGCGUGCAUCAAAGCGAAAGGGUACUGCGAUGGAUUGCGCUGAACUUCCUCAUGCAUAGCGAUUCGGAAGUGAAAAGCAUAGUUUCUCUCACAAAAGUCUUACCAGAAUCAACCGCAAUGUUUUCAAGCAGCAACCAUGACUAUCACACUCAUCCGCAUACUGAGUAUGUUUGUCGAACCCUGCACGCUGCCGGUGCUGUAUCAUUCCAGGAGGUUGUUUCUGCUAUCCCAGUCUUGGUUCUUGGUUUACAGCCACAUCACAGUGUGCUGGAAUUGUGCGCAGCACCAGGAAGUAAAACUCUACAGAUGCUUGAUGAGACCUUAAAAAGAGGUUGGACAGUUGAUAUUGAGAAGAGUGUAGUUAUCGCCAAUGAAAAGGACCGUGUCAAAGCCACUCAAAUUCUACCUGCAAGACUGAAGCGUUAUCACGCACCAAACGUUUUGUGUACGCGAUGCGACGCUACACAAUGGCCGAAGUUGUAUUACUAUGAGACGAAUAGCUCAGAGACUAAACUAGGUGGUAAUUCAAAAGCACCAUUUCUGUUUGAGAAACAAUUCGAUCGUAUUAUUUGUGACGUUCCAUGUAGUGGGGACGGUACGCUUCGAAAAGAGCGCUCGGUAGCCGCUACAUGGUCGCUGGACUAUAUCCAAACACUUGUUCCCACACAAAAAGCUUUGCUUCGGCGUGGUCUGGACUUGCUCAAAACUAAUGGUGUGCUUGUUUAUAGUACAUGUAGUAUUAAUCCAAUGGAGGAUGAGGAGGUAGUCUGUUCCGCCUUGGAUCUUUUUCGGGAUACGGUGGAACUAUUAGAUGUAAAUGUUAUAUUGCAGAAGCAAGGUGUACAGUUACGCUCUCAAGGAGGCUUGCAUUCAGUCGAUUUAGAAAGUCUAAUUGAAAGCCAAGUACCCUCAUCAUACAACGGCGCCAAAGUGUUACGUGUGCUACCACAUAGAGAUGACACAGGCGGGUUUUUUGUAGCGGCUUUCCGUAAAGUCAGACAACAGGACCAAACGGAAAUCAAAAUUGCACCACAAAAAUUGAAUCAGUGGACGCGAGGCAAACUUUGGGCUCCAAUUUCAAAAAAUGACCCAGUUUGGGGCAACAUUGCUGAAUUUUACUCUUUUGAUAGGGAUUUCUUUCGUUAUUAUAAUAAUGAUAACUCUGAUAAUAAUAGUAUGAUUACUACUACGACUGAUGGUACGACGGUAGAAUCAGCAACUGAGAGAAAGGGGCGCUUGGUUCCCGUUUAUCAUCUAAACCCCCAUGGGAUGCAGUCACGUCGCAUUGUAUUCAUAACUCCUGCCCUAGCCAAUAUUGUAUUCAAUACAAAACCUUUCAAAGGGCCAGGUGUGGAGUUGGUUUCUGUUGGCGCCCGGGGCUUUGAGGCCUAUGAUAAUAAUUUUUUGCCUAAGGCAGAGUGCCGUUGGCGUGCGGUGGUAGAGUCAGCUUCCUAUUUAGCUCCACUUUUCUCAUCUCGUAAACUUUUAUUUACUGUGGGUACUCAUCAUGGUCUUCUGGAGGCGCUUUUCAGGAAUGGAUUUGUGUAUUUGCGAGAUUAUUGGUGGACAUUACUAGGUGAUGAAAGUGUGAACGCCUCCAACAUAUCAAAGGGUAGACUUUUUCCUUUUGUGAAAGCAGGGCCUCUAGAAGAACUACUUGGUAUCGCCAAAUCGUGCCCUACGGACGAGUUAGAUUCAAUCUCUUGUAGAAUAAGAGAUAUGCUAGGUACCGAGGUCCGUGUGGGUGGGGUUUUACUUGGAAUUUAUUAUAGUCAAGAACCUCUUCAGGAACCGUGGUUUCUGAGUGCAACACUCAGUGGGAGUAAAUUAGAGCUCGCAGUGGAUACUUCACUCCGAGGUUUUGGUUUGAUGGCAUUCCUAAACAAAUUUGACUCUUUAGACUCACAUAAAGACAUUGGAAGGGUAAGUGACGGAUAA